AAUAGAGAGAGGGAAAGAGUACCAGAAAGCCAUGGAAGCUUUAAAAAAUCAGUGCAAAGCUUCAAGAAAAAUAUGGUUUCUUCAACAAUGGAUAUCACUAGGUUUUACAUUUGCAUUUGUUAUUCCACUCAUUCAAUCAUUAGAUUAUUCAGAAGCACUCUCCAAAAGUCUCCUUUAUUUCGAAGCUCAACGCUCUGGUCGUUUGCCAUACAAUCAAAGAGCCAUUUGGCGUCACCAUUCCGGCCUCACUGACGGCCUCGAUCAAGGGGUGGAUUUGGUGGGAGGUUAUUAUGACGCCGGCGACAAUGUUAAGUUUCAACUUCCGAUGGCUUUCACAAUAACGAUGCUUUCAUGGAGUGUCAUUGAAUACGGCGAAGAUAUAGCAGCCGCAGGCGAGUAUAAGUACGCGCUAGAGGCCAUCAAAUGGGGCACUGAUUAUUUCGUCAAAGCCCACACUCAUCCUCACGUCCUCUGGGUUCAGGUAGGUGAGGGAGACACAGAUCAUUAUUGUUGGCAAAGGCCGGAGGACAUGACCACAUCUCGUCGAGCUUACAAGAUCGACGAGGCUCACCCGGGGUCGGAUGUCGCCGGAGAGACAGCAGCCGCCUUGGCGGCGGCGUCAAUUUUGUUUAGGAGAACAAAUCCACAUUAUUCUCACCUUCUCCUGGUCCAUGCAGAACAGUUGUUUGAGUUUGGUGACAAGUUUAGAGGGAAAUAUGAUGCAAGUGUAGGAGCAGCCAAAGGUUACUAUCCAUCGUUGAGUGGUUACAAAGAUGAGUUGUUAUGGGCAGCUAUGUGGCUCUACAAGGCCACCGACAAGUCCUAUUAUUUAACUUAUGCAUUAGAAAAUGCUCAAUCUUUUGGCGGUACGACUUGGGCCAUCUCCGAAUUCAGUUGGGACAUCAAAUACGCUGGCCUCCAGCUACUUGCCUCUAAGUUGAAGGGAGAAAAAGAACACAACAAAAUUCUCCAAGAAUAUCGUUCGAAAGCUGAACACUAUGUUUGUGCAUGUAUGAACCAGAACAAUAAAACUAAUGUACAUCGCACCCCAGGGGGUCUCCUGUACAUCCGCCAAUGGAACAACAUGCAAUACGUCUCCAACGCAGCAUUUCUCCUCAUGGUCUAUUCCGAUCAUCUCAGGGAAACCAAUCAGAUGGCUAGAUGUGAACGUCGUUCCGUUGGCCCCGAAGAAAUCUUCGCCUUCGCAAAAUCACAGGUAGACUAUAUCUUGGGUUUGAACCCGAGGGGCAUGAGCUACUUGGUUGGUUACGGACUCAAGUAUCCUCGGAGGGUGCACCAUAGGGGUGCGUCGGUUGACUCAUACAAAAAGCGCAAGAGCUUCAUCAGUUGUACCCAAGGCUAUGACAAUUGGUUCGGACGCAAGAACCCGAACCCGAAUACUCUAAUCGGGGCACUAGUUGGUGGACCGGAUAACAAGGACCGGUUCAAUGAUCAUAGGAGAAAUUACAUGCAAACAGAGGCUUGUACUUAUAACACAGCCCCUCUUGUUGGAUUAUUUGCAAAAUUGCAUGGGCUAGAAAGAGGCACAGACAUUGAAGAUUCACAAUUGUUUUAUGCUCGUAAAUAGUUUAUGGGCCGUUUGUUGAAUUGAAAAUGCCACGUAAUUGUUUUAUUUACUUUGAUUGAUUGAAGAAAGAAAUACAACAAAGGAAAAAAUUAUAUAGAGUAUAGUUCGUUCGAUGUUCGAUCCAUUUGUUAAAAGUCAAGGUAAUGUUCCACGAUUCAAUUUAUAUGAAUAAUACAAGAUUUACAUUUCUUCUUCA